AAUGAAUAAAAUGGUGCCAAGCAUUAACACUACAAUUGUGGUUCAUAAUUCAUAACUUAUUGGCUAUUGCAUUAUCCUCUCUGUGUGGUGCUGCUUCAUGACUUCACUUUCUCUCUCACACACACACCUUCCUCCUUCCACUGAUGGCCAUGGCCACCACCAAUCCUUUCUCCCUCUCUUCCUCCAAAUCCCACUUUCCCGCUCCUUUCUCUUCUUCUCCUUCUCGCAACCGCAAACACCCCUUUCUUCUCUGCCACCGCCAUCACACCAACUCUCUUCUGCUCUGCUACUACCCUAGGUCUUCUUCUCGCCGACGAGUGGCGUGCAAGGCCGCCCAGGUUUCCAUCGCGGAGGAGUCCUCGUCGUCGGGAGGGGAGAAUUGGGUGCCGGUGGUGCCGCUGGGGGCUCUGCCGAAGGGGGAGCGGCGCGUGAUAAUACAGGAGGGAGAGACGAUUCUGCUGCUUUGGUACAAAGAUGAGGUCUUUUGCUCAAUGCCAAGCUCACGCAGGAUGGAUGCAUAGUUUGCCCAACAACUGAUAGCACAUUUGAUCUAAGAACAGGAGAAAUCAAGGAAUGGUAUCCCAAAAAUCCUGUUCUGAGAGUUCUCACGCCUGCUCUCAGGUCACUCUUUGUGUAUCCUGUGAAAACAGAUGAACAGAAUAUAUAUAUCAGCAUGAGAGGAGGUGUGACAUCUGACGCCUCGGCCGAAAUUGUCUUUAGUGGGAAGGCUCAACCCGGUUUAACAGCGAGCGAUGUCAAUGUCGAUGAGGUUAGAAUGGUUGUUGACGAGGAUUCAGAGGGAUUUGGUUUUACUGGUAAAAAUGAAUUGAUAAAUGGGAAAGCAGCUGUUAUUGGCUUCCUUUUGUUGUUGGAUUUUGAGUUAUUAACAGGCAAGGGUCUUUUGAAGGGAACAGGCUUCUUGGACUUCAUAUAUUCAGUAUCUAAUGCUCUCAACUAGAUAUUGUCAUUGUUGUCGUCAUCACCGUCACCAUUUAUGUGCAUUUCCAAGACAUAGCAACAUUAUACAUUUAUAAUUAUAUCCUUUUUUUUGUCAUCACAAUUUGCUUUGGGACACCCUAUAUCUCAUAGUGUAUAUCUGCAACCUUUCUUUCUUUUUCUUAUUUUUUGUUCCCUCUUAACUCACUUUCUGCCUCAAUGUCACUGAUUGUACACUACUCAUAAUUUGUAAUUCAAAAGGUGACAAAGUGAUUCCAGAGUUUGUGUUUUUUAUCCUUA